UCCGACAAACCCGAUCAGCCAAUAGCAGUGCUCCCUUUUGACCCCCCGAGAAACGAAGAAGAAUUCAGUUCCUAGUUUGAUCAAACAGGUUUGGAGACGGGUAUAUGGGUGUAUGAUGAUGAUGAUUAUUAUGGAGAUACAGCUAGAUAUUUUUCCAAUUUUCUCGUUGAGGAACAUAUUCAGGUCUAAUCCCUGCCGGGCAAUAAAGUCAGGACAAAACCAUCAAUAUAUGGAUCAGUCAGAACCUCACAAGGAGCUUAUUGAUGAUUUGACUCGCGAGUCAUUAAUUGCAAUCUCUUAUGGAGUACCUGACACUGAUCAUACCACUGAAAUAUCACCCAAAAAUAUGGACGGUGUGAAAGUUGUUGAACCUCUGAGUUGUGAUGGGGAAGAGAAGUACAGGUCUAAGCUGAUCUCCAUUGCUUACUCACCAUCACCAGAUAUGGAAGUGCCGCAGCCGUUGCCCCGACCACUUGAUGUUUAGCGCAGACUAACAGGUUUUAUACCAUGUUUACAAUGUAGAAUUUAUGACAAUAUGUUGUAGACACCUUAGCUGUUUGUCGUUCAGUGUGUUUGUGUUCUAAAUACCUGUAAUGUAAUUAACUUCACUGUGAAAUAUCUGUUGAAUACAGAACUUUAUUUUGUAUUUCUUUUUGCUAUGUACACGCCCUGCGUACCGGACUCUUGCACUCAUGACUACCCAAUGAAAGAGAAGUUGUUUCUUGAUCGAA